AUGGGACUGUUGACUUCGACGACUGUCACCUUUAUCGUGCUGUGCUUCCACUUCUACAAAGGCUGCGGGGGUAUGGUUGGUGCAGGGGCCAACAUUGGCUUCCUCUCAGGCAACUUGCUGCUGGCCCUCGCCACGGGGCACUGGAAACACGUCUUGGGCGAUGCCGCGAUGAUCACCGUGAUGGCCACGACGGUUUGGCUCUCGCCGUUUCUGUGGCGGGAGAACUUCUUGCUGAUGUGCGGCAGCAUCGGAAUUCUGCUGCUGCCGGAAUGGCACUAUUGGCAGAGCGCACUGGUGAUUCUGGCUGCAGCGCUUUCCAUUGCUGGAGUCGCUGUUAUCUAUUGGCAUUUCUUUGCGGAGGGCGAUGACCAGCUCUACGUGCGGCUUUUCUGCCAGUCCAACUUGCCCUUUCUGGAGCACAAGUGA